AUGAACAAUGCAUUAAUUAAUUUUGGAUUAUGGCCAAAUAAAUAUUUCCUGUACAGGCAACAUUAUUUUACAUGGAACGUAUGCAAAAACGUUUAUUAUAAAAACAUUUGUCGCAGAAGAAUAUCCUUUAGCAGUCCGUUAAGCGAUAGUUCCAACAUUAGAGAUAACAGAGUUUUAAAUAAAAAUAAAACAUUUUUAAGUAGGAAUAAUAAAGUAGUCCAUCAAGGAAUUAAUUAUUUUAUAAAUUUUUUUGUGCACACCAUGUAUAACGAAAAAAAUCCCAAAAAAAAUUAUGAACAUAGCAAUGUAAAUGGCGAAAAAUGUGGAGAAGUUGUUCAGGCAAUUACUAAAGGUGGGAAUGAGCUGGAAAAAAAGGUAGACUUUAAUCGUAACGGUAACGGAGACUUCCAUUAUGACUAUGACUAUGUAGUUAUUGGGGGGGGACCCGGGGGUAUGGCAUCAGCGAAGGAAGCCGCAGCUCAUGGGGCAAAAGUACUUUUACUGGACUUUGUUAAGCCGAGUAGCCAAGGAACAAAGUGGGGUAUAGGUGGAACGUGUGUAAAUGUUGGUUGUGUUCCCAAAAAGUUGAUGCACUAUGCAGGAAAUAUGGGAAGUUUAUUUAAGUUGGAUUCACCAGAAUAUGGAUGGAAAUAUGAAAAUUUAAAACAUGAUUGGAUGAAAUUAAUUAGAACAGUUCAAUCACAUAUUCGUUCAUUAAAUUUUAGUUAUAUGACUGGUUUAAGAUCAUCAAAAGUGAAAUAUAUUAAUGGGUUAGCUAAAUUAAAAAGUAAAAAUACAGUAUCAUAUUAUUUAAAAGGGGAUUUAACUAAAGAAGAAACAGUAACAGGAAAAUACAUUUUAAUAGCAACAGGGUGUAGACCUCAUAUACCAGAAGAAGUUGAAGGAGCAAAGGAGUUGAGUAUAACAUCAGAUGAUAUCUUUUCAUUAAAAAGAGAACCAGGGAAAACUUUAGUAGUUGGUGCAUCUUAUGUAGCUUUGGAAUGUGCAGGAUUUCUAAAUUCAUUAGGAUAUGAUAUCACAGUAGCUGUUCGUUCAAUAGUCUUAAGAGGCUUUGAUCAACAGUGUGCAAAUAAAGUUAAAAGUUAUAUGGAGGAACAAGGCGUUAUAUUUAUGAAUGGAGUAUUACCAAAAAAAUUAAUAAAAGAGAAUGAAAAAAUAUUAGUACAGUUUAGUAAUAAUUGUACCGAAUUGUACGAUACAGUUUUAUAUGCAACCGGUAGAAAAGGUGAUACACAGCAUUUAAAUUUAGAAGCACUUAAUAUAAAUAUAAAUAAAUCGAAUAACAAAAUUAUUGCAAACGAUCUUAGUUGUACGAAUAUAUCUACUAUAUUUGCUGUGGGGGAUGUGGUUGAAAACGUACCUGAACUAGCUCCAGUAGCUAUAAAAGCAGGUGAGAUUUUAGCUAGACGGUUAUUUAAUAACUCAAACGAAAUAAUGGAUUAUACAUAUAUACCAACUUCUAUAUAUACCCCUAUAGAAUAUGGAGUGUGUGGCUAUUCAGAAGAAAAAGCAUAUGAAAUUUUUGGAAAAAAUAAAGUUGAAGUGUUUUUACAAGAAUUUAAUAAUUUAGAAAUAUCUGCUGUGCAUAGAAAGAAACAUAUUAAAAUGCAAAAGGAUGAAUACGACUGUGAUAUAUCUAGUACAUGUUUUGCUAAACUUGUUUGCUUAAAAGAAGAAGAAAAUAGAGUUGUUGGUUUUCAUUACGUUGGCCCCAAUGCAGGUGAAGUUACUCAAGGUAUGUCUUUAGCUUUAAAAUUGAAAGUUAAAAAAAAAGAUUUUGAUAAUUGCAUAGGCAUACAUCCAACUGAUGCCGAAUCGUUUAUGAAUCUCUCCAUUACUGUAUCUUCCGGUCUGCCCUAUGCGGCCAAAGGGGGCUGUGGGGGCGGCAAAUGCGGUUAA